UUCGCACAGAAUUGUUUCUUGAGAAAUUCGUUUCACCAUCAAAAUUUCCGAAGUGUGAAUAUUUUGCGGAAGCAGCCCCGAAACAUGAGCGCCUCGGAGGAACACUGAUUAGCACUGCCUCGCGGUUUACAGGGUCUUACGAUCGAAUUCUUCAUCCAGCUAUUUAUCUGUGUGGAGUUGGGACGGGCUCUCUUGUUUGUGUGUGGUUUGUGUCUCCGUGCAAGAUCGGCGCAAAAGAUACGUCACAGAAUAACUGUCAGUUCUGAACAGACCCCACGUGAGUGGGCACUGCGAUGCACUGGAGUCCCUUUUCAGGGAUGUUGUAUUAGUGAAAAAAGCAAAGCUUUCCAAUGGAGUGCCGAAGGACAUUGGUUUUACUUAACUGCAGGUCACAGUUUGGCCCUACUCUCAUGUCCAGACUGAGCAGGCCAGGCAUCAUCACGCACUUGCAGAUUUAUUGUACUCAGGGUCCAAAAGAGCCAGUCAGCAGUGUUGCAGUGACUAAAUCUAUGCAUACGUUAUCUGAGUUGGGAAAGAAGUGGGGCCGGAAUUCAGUAAGGAAGAUAUCAAGCAUUGCCAAUUAUUGGUGGAUAAAAUAUGAAGAGUUUGUGGGCAUAAAUGAAGUUCGCGAUGCCCAAGCUAAAGUGACAGAGGCAGAAAAACAAUUUAUGGUAGCUAGGGGAAUAGUCGGAGAGGCUCAUGACAGCCUGGAGACUCACCUUCUGAAAUUGAGAGAAAUCCGUGAUCGUCUUGACAGAGUCUCUAGGGAGGAGUCGAGAUACUUGGAACUAGCUACUGAGGAGCAUAGGCUGCUACAGGAGGAACGGAGACUUCGGUCUUCCUAUGAAAAUGCAGAGGAAGCAGAAAGGGAGAAAUUUGCUCUGUUUUCUGCAUCAGUGCGGGAGAGUCAUGAGAAGGAGCGAAGCAGAGCAGAAAGAACAAAAAACUGGUCCAUUAUUGGCUCAGUGCUGGGGGGCAUAAUUGGAGUUCUGGGUUCCACUUAUAUAAACAGGGUACGGCUAAAAGAACUCAAGGCACUUUUAUUAGAAGCUGAAAAAGGACCAAUUAACCUUCAAGAAGCUAUCAGUGAGCAAAUUGCAAUACAUCACUCACAGAAGGAAGAGCUUGACAGCCUUAUUAAUGUUCUUCGCAAUACAGUAGACCAAGGCAAAGGAACAGAAGAUCAAGAAUUGAAAAUAACCAAGGUGUCUCGGGGGAUUGGGCAUUCUGACUCUGCCUUCAAAGAGCAUCUGGUAGUAAGCAAGGCAACACAGUCUUUAGUGGAGGGGAUUCAGCCAAAAAUACUGAGAGUUGAGCAGAACUUAGGGAAGAUGAUGAGUGAGCUUCAAUCUGUAAAAAUGGCAGUUCAGUCUCGCAACAUAGAAAGGUCCACUUUGAAAAUGCAGGAUUUGGCAUUUUUGGAUGUGGGUGAUGUCCUUCAGGGAAUUGCUGAAACAGAGCAAAGGCUUUCGAAUCAAAUGCAGAAAAAUACUUUGUAUGGCACAGUGUUCACCUAUGCUGCUAUUGCACUGACACUACCAAUAUGUUAUUUUUUAUUUAAAAGUACAUAAAUAUUUACAUUAGUAUGUAUAUUUUAAGACAUUUAACUACAUGUAUGUAAUUGUGAGAACAAUAUGUAUAUAUAAAGUAGAAAUUUUGACAGAUUUUAUCUUUAUAUAUAUAUAUAUAUAUAUAUAUAAUUCUCUGGUUGAGUGUGAGCAAAAUUGCACAAUCGAGUGCUUGAGGUUGCUGGCCUUAUUUAUCAGGAUUUGUGAUUUUUAUUAAGUAAAUUGUAGCUGUUUAGGGCCGUGCCAUUCCCAGCAGCUGUAAUUAAAAUUACUCGAUAAAAGAAUAAUGUAAUAAAUUGUAAAAGCAAUUGCAUAUGAUUCGUUCUGAUAACUGAUUUAAAUGCAAAGAAGUCAUGAACUUAUUGCAGAUACUAAGUAAUAUAUAUAAGCACACUUGACUAGGAGUUAUUUAUAAGUAUGCAACAUUGCUGCCAACAAAUUAAACGUUUUGGUGCCAUAGGCAUCGAUUAAAGCUUGAGCAAAUCAUUUCAAAUAUACAGGCAACAAUAGUCAUAAACUGCACAGCUCCUUUCUGGAACACAAGCAAAUUAUUUCCCAAAAUAAUGAAACUGAUCUACCAUAACAGGCGGGCCGUCCUCAAUAAAGAGUCAGUAACCUUCCCGAUCAUCACCCGAGUCAUUCUGCUGAAAGAUGAAAGAAGACUAACUAACCCAACAAAAUUAAAAAUUCAGUAGUGGUUACCGUUAGGCAUGCAGAGACUGUGUUAAAUAAUGUUGUGAAAUGGGAAUAAAGUAACUUAAAAGACA